AUGAAUUAUGAAGCCGAAAGAGCCAUGAAUCAGAAGCGAUUGCGAAUGGAGGGCGAACCGGGCCAUGGAGUGGUCCAGGGAAACGGUUUGCCGCUAAAUUAUAUAGAUAAUGGUCACCAAAUACCGUAUCAACCGUAUGCUGGUGCAUAUAACACUCAUUAUCCACCGCCGGAGGCAUUUUCGCCCUACGGACCGCCGCCGCCCGGGGGCUAUGCCCCGCAAAACCUGUCGUACGCGCCUCCUGCGCACCAGAACUACCCGCACCACCAGAGUUUCCCGCCACAACAGCCGCCGCAGGCACAGCUACACAUGCCACAGUCCCAUAUGGUUCAAGGCUAUGGAGAUGUGGGUGUGCACAAGCCUGCCUGGCCCCCCCAACCACACCUGUUACCUCCACUGGACACCCAGAAGCCCCUGGAUGUGAAGCAGCUCAAGUCAGAGAUUAAACUAGAACCAACUGAUGCUCAGAAACGACCGCACCCUGAGAAUGAAAUGCUGGCGAGGCAGAGAGAGUACAAUAUCAACAUACCCAGUACCUUGGGUGGUGAUCUAGACCAGCCUAAAAUUAAGAUAAAGACGGAUAUAUUCAAGCCUGAUGAUUUAGCACACAGACAGGAUAAACCUAUUGAUGUCGGCCAAAAAUCGUUAUCUCUGGACGGACCACAGAAGCCUGCUGAGUUGCAAAAUAAAGAUGAUGGUCAUCCAAUCAUUGGCGUUGAGAACAAGUCACUUGAGAAACCGCCUGAGUCUUGCAAAGCCGAGGGUGCAGCUGAAGGUGGUGCUGGGGACGCGCAACGGGCGGCCGAGCCGACCACUCUCAGUGACAAGAGUGAGGAGGAUCGGAAACCGUUCAGCAGUCCAGAGCUUCCGAAGUCAGGGUCCAUACCUGGCAAGGUGCCAACUCCAGGCAGCGAGAGGGGCCGACCGAAGGGCUCCACCAACAAGCCCAAGCCCCCCGGCGCCGCGCGCGCCCCCGCGCCUGUGCCCGCCGCGCCCCGCGCGCCCCCGCCGCGCCCCCUGCUGCAGCCGCCGCGCCCCCGCGCCGCCGGGUACCAGUACGCCAUCAGACCGUUCAGGAAGGAUUUCUCCGGAAUACAGUUUAGAAGGCGAUGGAGUGACGACUGCCUAGAUUCGUCUCACAUUCCCAACGAGGUAUACUUCGGCGACGUGCCGGUGUCGAUGGAGGUGUUGUUCAACUACUACGACGCCAACGCCGAGCGAGAGAAGUUGGCCACGCAGGCCGCACAGAUCGCUGCGCAGAAGGCCGCCGCCGCCAAACUAGCCGCGGCUAAAUUGCAGGCUAGAGGUAUCAUGCCUGCAUCUACUGAGGUAACGACGGUGGACUCUUCAUCGUCAGACGACUCGUCAGGUUCCUCCGGCAGCGACUCGGAAGAAAGUGACGAAGAUACGCCACUGAAGCGCGGACCGGGGAGACCGAAGGGAUCCAAGAACAGUCCGCGAGCACCUGGGACCCCAUCCGCAGGUAGUACGGGGUCCACGCCCAGCACGCCGGGAACUGGACGACGGGGCCGACCUCCUGUCCCACCAGAGCUGCGCCAACCUGGUAUCACAGACAUGAAGAAGUUCUGCAAAGCUGCUGGAAUACGGUUCGACUACAAGAAGCUUGUUGAAGGUUGUACGAAAAACAAAGAGCGCGUUCAGAAGAUGCUGGACCUACUGACGGCGGCAGGGCUGGAAGGUAAGCCCACGCUGGAGAAGUGCCAGGCGCUGAAGAAAGCCAAGAUUGAAAAGAAGGAACAGGAGAAACAAGCCAAGAAGGAGGCUAAAGUUAAGCACAAAGAAGUUGUUUCGGAGAAGGAAGGCGGAGUGUCACGGCGUAUGACCCGUGGCGCGACAGGCGUGAAGCCACGCCAGCGUAUCGUAAUCUCUUCAGACGAGGAGGACGACACGCCCGCCGCACGACGUACACUCUCCAAGCUGCGCUCUUCGCUCAAUGACGACUCCGACUCGGACUAG